AUGGGGCCCUCAUUCGAACUGCUGGGAAUGUGCUCCCGCCUGUAUCUUUCCUGGAAGACAGCUUUCCUGGUCGCCAUUACGUCAGCGAGACGUGUCUCCGAGCUAAAGGCCCUCACUUCGGAACCGCCUUCCACAGUCUUCCACAAGGAUAAGGUACAACUUAGACCACACCCGGCCUCUCCCCCCAAAGUGGGGUCAGCCUUUCAUACCAGCAAGGAUAUUUUCCUGCCCGUUUUUUACCCGAAACCUCAUGCUGGUCCCUGGGAACAGCAGCUGCAUUCCCUCGAUGUCCGCAGGGCCCUAGCUUUCUACAUCGAGCACACUAAGCCGUUCAGGAAAUCGACCCAGCUCUUCGUUGCGGUGGCGGACCGGAUGAAGGGCCUCCUGGUCUUCUCUCAAAGAAUUUCCUCCUGGAUCAUGUCCAGCAUCCAUGCAGGUAACCCCGUGACUGGCGGGAGACGCGCUUGCCGGCGGCUGGGAGCGGGCAUGGCCGCGGCGCCGGGUGUGACGGAGCGGUACUUCACGCGCUGGUACAAGCCAGAUGUUAAGGGUAAUCUAUGUGAGGACCACUGUAUAUUGCAGCAUUCUAAUAGAAUCUGUGUCAUCACACUGGCAGAAGCUCAUCCUCUUCUUCAAAAUGGAAAAACAAUUAAGAGUAUUAAUUACCAAAUCAGUGCCAACUGUAGUAGACUUCAAAAUAAGGUCUCUGGAAAGUCAAAGCGGGGUGCUCAGUUUCUAACAGAACUUGCCCCUCUGUGCAGGAUAUCUUGUUCAGAUGGCGAAGAAUAUACUAUAUAUAGUUGUAUAAGAGGGCGGUUGAUGGAAGUUAAUGAAAACAUUCUGGAUAAUCCAACUAUUCUGCAAGAAAAGCCAUCUACUGAGGGAUACAUUGCAGUUGUACUACCCAAAUUUGAAGAAAGUAAGACCAUAACUCAAGGACUUCUGACACAGAAGGAAUAUGAAGAAGUUUUGUUGAAACGUUUUAAUUCAACUUCAUGAAGCUCUAUUUUUAACUGAAUACAUAAAUGUCUGAACCACACUGUGAAUAGCUUCAGAAUUAAGUAUUGCAUAGAUAACACUUGUAAUCAUCUACUUCCAGUAUACCUCAUAGUGCAAGAGUUGUAACAUGAACGAUUUUAAAAUUGUACACACUUAACAUAAGGGACUGGAAAUUAGUUCUUUAAUUUUUUAUGGGUUUGUUUAAUGUUUUUUAAAUGAGUGAACAGUAAACAGUCAUUUAAUUUCAGACAAAUAAACAGUUUAAACAUU